UUUAGGGAAACAUCCCCUCUCACUUGGACUGGACAGAACCACCAUCAUGCCGGGCCUGAUCAACAAAAGCAAAUGGAGUGCUCUGCCUCUCAGCAUCUCAGACAUCACUUCCUGUGUCAGGGGUUACACCCUGGCAAUGACAGCCUCCUUGACCUAUGAAAACAUCGAAGACCACCCUAUUGAGGGAAUCUUUCUAUACCCUCUGGAUGAAGGCAGCGUGGUGGUUGGGUUCGAAGCGAUGAUUGGCAGUCAGAUAAUAACCGUGCAGGUCAAAGAUAAAACGAAAAUCGAUGACUGUUGCUUUGAUUGCUGCAAUGCCAAUGGAACCCCACAGAGCGGAGGUGGACGUAUUGUUUUGGAUGAGGAUCAGGGGAGGACAGUGCUGGUGGUCAGUCUGGGGGUCAUUCCCCCUCUGGAGACCAUUAAUAUACUGGUCAGCACCUCCUCUGAGCUCCGCACACUCCCUAACGGGGGAAUUCGGGUGACCUCACCACCCGUCUGCUCUCCAAGAGUCCAGCGUUCUGUCAAAGAGGAGCAGGCAUUUUCACCCAGCACUGCUAGGAGGAGGGAUCAGCAUCAUUGUUCAGUGGGAACCCACGAGCAGACGGCCUCUGGUGUGUGUUUGUCUGCUCUUUUGGAGGAAGAGACCAUCAACUCCAUUGACUAUGAGUUUAAUUUCAAUCUUGAGAUCAGAGGACCGUAUUUACUGGCAGGUUUGGAAAGCCCCUCACAUGCCAUCCGUGCAGACGCUGACCCCUCGGCUCGCUCUGCCACCAGCAUUGUGGUCACACUGGCAGACAACUACACCUAUGACUGCCCUGUGGAGAUACUGAUCUACCCUAGUGAGCCCCAUCUGCCACACGUUCUCAUCGAAGACGGAGACAUGACGCCGGAGGAAUACGAUGAGCAUCUGAAAGGAAGGAGCGACUAUAUAAAGGCCACGAAGAAGGACUGCAGUAAUGAAAAGACUGUGGACAUCAUUCGGAAAAGGCUCCAUAAAGACAUCCUCCACAACCCAGUGGUCAUGCUGAACUUCUGCCCAUACCUCAGCUCAACGACCUCUGACCUGCGGAGCAUCCAGGGGGAAUUCAUCUUCCUCAUUGACCGCAGUGGAAGCAUGAGUGGGGUCAAAAUCAAUCGAGUUAAGGACGCAAUGGUGGUGAUUCUGAAAAGUCUUUUCCCAGCAUGCUUAUUCAACAUAGUGGGCUUCGGAUCUAAGUUCAAAACACUAUUUGCCACCAGUCAGAGCUACAAUGAGGAGAGCUUGACGUUGGCUUGUGAGCAUGUGAAGAAGAUCCGUGCUGACAUGGGUGGUACAAACAUACUGGCUCCUCUCAACUGGAUACUACGACAACCCAUGCAGAGAGGUCAUCCUCGCCUGCUCUUCCUCCUGACCGACGGAGCCGUCAGUAACACAGGGAAGGUUAUUGAGCUACUCCGCAGCCACGCUAGGUUCACCAGGUGUUACACGUUCGGGAUAGGUCAGGGUGUGUGCAGGAGGCUGGUUUUAGGACUGGCCGCCGUUUCCAGAGGCACAGCUGAGUUCCUGGCAGAAGGAGAACGACUGCAGCCCAAGAUGAUUAAGUCACUGAAGAAGACCAUGACCUCAGUGCUGACUGACAUCUCCAUCGAGUGGCUGUAUCCAGAGACAAAAGAGAUCCUGCUCUCUCCAGUCGGGAUGACCUGUCUGUUCCCUGGGGACCGGCUGAUUGGAUACAGCGUGGUCUGUGAUACCUCCAGAUAUCACUCCAACCCCAAAUCAGACAAGCGGAAACGAUACAGCAUGAUGCGCUCCAAUGAGUCGGCCAGUUCAGUGUUCUAUCACUCUCAAGAGGAGGAUGCUGGGAAGGUUUCUUCUGAAGGUCAGGGGCUGCACAGGGACAAUCAAGUUGGCUCGCCGUUUGACGGUUGCCAGGAGAACAUGUCUGAGAGCAGUCCUAUCGCUACGGAGCAAGACAUUAUGGGAACUGACACAGCCAUCUCUUCAAGAAGACGUGCUUACAGCACCAAUCAGAUUGUAGAAUACAACCCCGAGAAGAAGGCCUACACCCCCAGUGACCCCAGCUCAGUGGUGGGCAAAAACCCUCUCAGAAGAGCAAAAGUCCAGGAGCUCAUUGGACAGACACAUCCUGACCAUGGAGCUCAGUGGAAAAUGGACUACCAGCCACAGUUGGCCAGCCUGUGUGCCACGUCCUCAAGAGGACGUCCCAUAGCUGCUCACAAACCUCCAGUGCAACAACCAGAGGGUCUCCAGGGGGAGUCUAAGGUUGAUCAGACCCAUCUCGUGGAAGACGGUUCCAGGUCUUCAACUGACAGCCCUUCUCUAAGCAGCACUGGUGAUGCAGAUGGCUACACGCAUCAGCUUUGCGAAGUCGAAACGCCCCAGGAUCCUCACGCGCCGGAAUUCAAGGCCAGUCACGGAAAGGGAAACUGCAAAGCGGUCAUAUCAGGACUGCUGUGCGGGAAGCCCAUGAGAUGGGAGGUGGCCUUUGACAUCCAGCCUUACCUGAAAGGCCGAGAGCGGGAGGAGAAAGUUCACGAGGACCUGUGGAACGAAACCUUCCAUCACCUGGCGGGAAGCUCCAUUAUUCAAGACUUUGAACACAUGGCCAACAAAGAGUGUGAGAUUGAGCAUGGUUCUGGGAGAAGGUACCAGCUUUAUGCCAUCCACACGAGCAAAGCCUGCAACAUCUUGAGCAAAUACACCGCGUUUGUACCUAUCGAUCUGGACAGCAAUGAAUAUUUGCCCACCUUCGUUGAGUACAGCCAUCCUGGGGAGGAUCAUAAACGAAGUUCGCACUGCAGUUCUCGUUCCGGCAGCAGGAAGACCCGAGGUUACUCUGUAGGUCUGGGGCGCUCGCAAUCAGGUUUGCCUGGGCAAGAAGAUGCAGCACUAUGCUACAACAAUGCAUCUCAAUCCCCCUCCAAAUCCCCCUCAUCCUCCAGCUGGGAACGAUGUAGCUCUUCUGAAGCCUCUCAGAGGAGUCCGUCGGUGACCUCCGACCCCUCGCAGAGAUCUGUCGAGAGCCUUUUCUCCGCCAGCAAGCUGAGCCUGAGCAGGACACGUCUCCUGACGAAAGCUGCCAGGGGCUUCAUGAGCCGGCCGCAGAGCAAAAUCAGCAACUCCGUGGGAGAGAGCGAAAAUGACAACAAGGACUACAUCCCUCUGGUGUCAUUGCAGCUGUCCUGUGGGGCGUUCAUGUUGGACAGUGCCUUGUGUGAUGCCAUCAACGUGCCCAUGGACAAGCUGAAGUGGACGUCGCCCUUCACCAGCCACAGAAUCAGCCUUACCCAUGUGUCCCACUCCGGCUCCCGGCGCUCCGAGAGUCUGGAGGUCCAGCAUGGCUCCUCGCCUCCACCAAAAGACUCGGACUUGAACUCCGAAUGCGAGGAAAUGGUGUCCCGGACGUCUUCAUCCUCAUACAAUGCCAGAAGCCCUCGGAUGGAGGGUGCGCCCUCGCUGUUUAGCAGCUUAUCAUCAACCGAAGGCCCGCCGUCACCUAUCAACUCUUUGCAUGACAGUGGACGGGGCUCUGAGUCAGAAAUAGCUGAGACGCCCUGGCUGAGUUCACCUGGGAUCCUACAAAGGGCUGUGCAGGACACUGAGGGCAUGGUGUGGGCGACCGCGGUGGCUCUGGCCUGGCUGGAGCACAGUUCGGCCAGUUAUUUCAUCGAGUGGGAGCUGAUCGCAGCCAAGGCCAGCAUGUGGCUAAAUGAACAAAUCAUCCCAGAGGGCCGAGGCCUGGCGUCGGUCAAAGCCACGGCCAAUCAACUCUUCAUCAUCCUGAGACACUGGGACGAGAACCUGCAGCUCAACAUGCUCUGCUACAACCCCAACAGCAUGUGAGUCUCGAUAGGGUAGAGACUAAACUUCAAACUAUGCGAAACUCUCCUUGAGUUGUUUUAAUGUUUAUAAUGUGGGUUGCGUUGUAGUUUUAUGAAUAGAGAUCGUAGCAGUAUUUCAUCCGCCUGAAGGCCAGAAACAUACUCUGCGCAGGUACGUAGAUGUCAGUGUAUUGUAGGCUUCCUAUUGUACAUAUGUAACUUGUGUUCUUGCAUUGCUGAAGCAGUAGCAAACCUGUAAAUGACUGAUUCCGUCUCAGAAUAAAGUAAAAAAAGGACUCAAAGUUGUGAGAAAAGUUAUAGUAAUAAAAAAUAGAUGCAACACGUAAGUGUUAUUUUAGCAUUAUUUAUAUACAGUAUUAAUAUAGAUUUAUUAAUAUUUUUAUAUUUUAUUUGUUUUUAUGUUUUCAGUUAACAUUUUUUUUUAUUGAAAUUAAAAUACAAAAAAAGUAUCUUACUAUUUAUAGGUUUAAUUUAGAAUUAUUUAACAUUUGUGUUUAUUUAUUUCUGAUUUACGGAGCCCCGUACAUGACAUGCAAGAAAAUAAUUAAUAAAUUGUGCACAUGAUUUACUAAUUUGUUCCCUCAGUAUACUAAAACGUGCAUACAAUUACUAUUUCGUUCCCUCGAUUUGCUAAAUCAUGCACACAACUUACUAAUUCAUUCUCUUAAUUUAUAAAUCAUGUGCAUGAUUGAGCAAAUCGAGGGAACGAAUUAGUAAAUCGUGCACAUGAUUUAGCAUACUAUUUUUUUUUCCUACAUGCUAUUAGUAAUUUUAGGGCUUCAGCUUAAACUUAUCUCUGUAAUUUUUCAUCUAACAUUUAUUUCAUUUUAGUUUUAUUUCAUUGAACAAUUGUUUUUUUUUGUUUUUUUACGUUUUUUGUUUUAGUUAACGAUAAUAACCCUGUUGCAGCUACAAGAAAUAGUCACAAUUGUGUCAUAAAAUUCGAUAUUGUUGCAGUUACAAAAAAAAUUAAGUCGCGAUUAUGAGAAAUAAUCAAAAUUAUAAUAUGAAAAGGUACAUGUAUGAGAAGUAAAUUCAAUCAAGUCUCAAUUAUUUUUUAUAAUAUUUGUAUUCUGAGGUGUUAACAGGCUUAAGUACGGUAAUCAAGGUUGAAUAUUGUUUCCUUUUAAUAUUUAUAGCAUUAAUUCAGUGACUCUUUUACUCAUUCGGAAGUAACUAGGAGGUAAUGGGAGUAAACAGGUACAAUAGCACCCCUUGUUGCAACAUUGACAAUGCAAGCUGUCCUUCCCUCAUUUCAAACGUGUGAAAUCAAGUAGCAUGCUGUUGCUAGAAGUUUUGGAAAUUAACAUAUUUGCGUAGAGUAUAUUCCAGGCCAAACACCACCCAAAAAAAUUGCAUGUCUUUGCAAGAUUGUUCGUAUCUUGUCUCUGCAAUAUUGAUGUGCAUAUGGUUUAAUGAACUGUCUGGUUGCAGCUUUGGAAGGUUUUGAACCAUAAUCAUUAAUCGUACAAAGCCUUACAUUAGUGACAUAAGUUGACGUGGUUGACUGUAUACGUGGCAUUCAGGCUGUGGCAUUAUAGCUGUCAGCGGAUCCAGUGACUUCUAAGAUGCAGAUCUAUGUAUAUCAUCAUGCAACGUUCAUUCGUUUGCCUUUACGAUCGUUAAAGAUGUCAAACCGUCGCUGGAACAACACUUUCGAUUGCUGCAAGUGCUCUCCAGUCUUAAGUGCCUAACCUUGCAGAACUUUCUGGACUGUUGAUUUGAGCGUUGUACUGUUACUGCAAUGUGUAAUUGAUUAUUUUUUAAAUUUUGCUGAUUAUAUUUAUUGCUGUGUAUGUAUUAUUAUAGUGCUUUGUUGAUGUCAGUUCAAAAACUGUACAGACAAAUUCUAAAAGAGUGGCUGUAGAUAUGUGUUAUGAGAUGAGAAAAUACAGAAGCUAAUGUUUCUCUUGUUAUAUCGCAAUGGUUUAUUUUAUUAUCAUAUGUAUUACUCCUCAGGUAUUGCUCUUGUGUACUGUUGUCUAAGUAGAUGCAUGAGUGGUUUGUAGAAAGAUCUUUCAUUUCAAGGUUUUUUUUUUUUUUUUUAGAUCGGAAGACUAUGCGCUUGUGACGGUGGCAGAUCUGUGAAAAUUGCAUUAUGUCAAUCAGUUGUACUUUGUACUAAAGUGUCGAAUUUUGAAGUCGUGCUUACAUGCUAGUACAAUGCUUGACUGUGUAACUGCAUGUAAUAAAGUU